AUGGCGGUCCACGAGCCACUGGCGUCUUUCACCCCUGUCAAAGCCAUCCUUUUCGAUGUAUUCGGAACGGUUGUAGAUUGGGAAGGCGGGCUAACAAGCCAGCUUCAAGAAAUCGCGCGCAAGAAAGGAGUUGGCGAUCCUCAGGUUGCUUCCAGACUAGACCAAGUCAACUGGCUAGCUUUCGCGCAAGAGUGGCGAUCGGGCUUCUGGGCCGUUGCAAGGGCUUUCCCUCGAAAUCAAGACAUCGACGAUUUCGAUAUCGAUGACGUACAUAGAGACUGCUUGAGACCUCUGAUACCAAAGUAUGGUCUCGAAGGCGUAUGGACCGAGGCUGAAAUCAAUGAGAUUACCAGGUUCUGGCACUAUCUGAAGGGAUGGCCCGAUUCUUCAUCUGCCUUGCAUAAACUACGGCGGAACUAUAUGAUUGGAACUUGCGCCAACGGGACCUUGCGACUUCUCAUCGAUAUGUCGAGGCACGCUGAUCUACCUUGGAACACCAUCUUCACGUCAGAUGUACUUCACAUCUUCAAACCCUCACCGCAGUUCUACCUCCGUGCCGCAGGUCUCCUCCGCCUUCAGCCGUCCGAGAUCCUCAUGGUCGCAGCGCAUGACUAUGAUCUCGCAGCGGCCAACGAAGUGGGGUUCAGAACGUGCUACGUGAGGCGAAGGACGGAAGAUGGAGGCGGAAGACACGUCAGAGUCGGAGCUGGGGGCAUAGAGUGGCUUGUGGACAGCUUCGAUGAGAUUGUGGAAGGGUUGGACAGAAUCCGCAAGUCCUCGCCUCACGAUCUACUCACGCUAUGAUGCUAUACGGGAGGUAAUAAGUGCUACGGACUGAGGGUGAGAGGUUUAAGCCGUAACUGUUGCGAAAAAAAGCAGCCCUGUCGCACAGCUGUAUCUUAUUAUUGAUUUAAAGGUCAGUGCCGAGUGGGUAACGGCUCCUGCAUAACUUGCUCUGUGUCCAGUCAUAAUUCCUGGGGUUCCUCGGGCAGGUUAUCCACGUGUCGCCCGAUUCCCGCCGGAACGUCCCGGAAUCAACCAGGAACCAGAGUGCAACAUGUCCUGUUCGUUGUAAGAAGUGACUCGGAAUGGUUGUCCGCUCCUGAGGCUUGAGACCCGUCUGUGUUGUCCCCACCCGCAAUCUGGCCCUGUCCAUAAUGUGCGUGCGGGAUCAAAGGAUUGGCAUGAAGAAUGUCCAUGUGACGAUAUUAGCUGCGUCCUUCCGCUUUCCUCUCCACUUUCAGAGAUGCCAGAGAAAGCUCGACCCCGUGCACACAGCAGGA